AUGACAUUUUCAGACUCCUCCACAAUGCAGAUUCAUCUUGUUCCGACUGAAAAUGGCCAAAAAGAAUGGAUGAUAAUUGAAAUGCACGGAUUGCUGUCACCACAAGAAGGCGAAUUUGAUGGGAAAACUCUUGGUACAAUCUGUUGGGGUGAUCGAAAUUCCAUUUUCAUGGUUAUUGGAAAUCAAACACUAGAAGGAAAGAUAUCCAAAAUUGACAGACCGUUACUUGUGAUCCAGAGAAGCGACGAAAUCCGAUUAGAUGGCUCGAAGAUCGCAAAAGUGAAUGCGAUAAUCCGGAAAAAGCUUGUAUUCAAGUUACGGCCUCGCCCAUUAGUUAUCUCAAACGCCUCACUUCAACAUGCUAUCAGUUUACAAGAAUAA